AUGAUCGACAUGAUUGCCGGUCCACUUAAGUGCAUUCCCGGAUCCAGCGCCGUCACGGAGCCCAUCAAGGCAGCGGCGAGAAGGGCGGGAGAUGCCCUGGCGAACCUUAUUCCCGGCCUGGGCCUCAAGUGGCUCUUCAAGGCCCUGACGCUGCUACAGCCCCAGAAGCUGUUUUGCGAGGAUGUCUGGAGGACGCCGAAUGGCCACAGUGGUGAGAGGUCCUCUUGUGCACAGGAGAUCGGGUGCAAGACGGCGGGCCGAGGCCCCCCGUCCGAGGAGGAGGUCGAACUUGUGCCGCCAGAGUACAUUCGAAGUGCAGCACAACCGCUCAAAAACAGCGGCGCGUGCCACGAUAUUCCCAUGGGCGACAAGUUUAUCCAGCUUGGCAAGUUUCGAAUUGCGGACAUUGAUGGGAGGCACCUAUCAAUCUCGCAUCAGGACCCGAACAUGUCAAGAGAGCGUGCUUUAGCAUGA